CCUAUCAAAGACUGACUGGGUAAUAGGGGUGGAAAAUUAUACUUCAUCCUUUAUUGAACGUCAUCAUGUAUCUUACACGAAACAAUUAUUCCUUUCCUGCUUACUUUCUUUCCUCGUUCUCUUACCAUUUGAAGCCUUUCAGCGUUCUCCAAUUUUCAAAUCCCUCAUAACGUUACUCCUAGGUUCAGCACAUAAGUAUUUGCUUCUCCUUCAUUCUACUCGAGCAAGCAAAGUUAGAGGGGAGGAAGACGUCCGUUUGGAAGAAAGUGAAUGUAUCACAGGUCACAAAACUAGCUCGAAUAUCUCUGUCGUUCACCUGAAUCACUCAUUCUGAUGUUUUGAUUUACAACCCGUACAUCCAUCCAUACACUCAUUUGGAUAUUUAACAAUUUACUUGAGUCCCUGUCAGCACCUCCAUCUUCGUACAACAUUAUUCUCUUCUUCUCUCGGCAUGAACGUUGGCUUUUUUGUAGGUCCAACUUCUGUACACCUUGCAUCACCUCACAUACGACUCCAACCGUCAAAAUGCCACCAAAAGCAAAUCAAUUGAAGAAGGAGCGACUUACCCUGGCUCAAUUAUGCUCAUACGACGAUAUAUUAACAGAUGCGCUUGUUGACCAAGUAAGCCUUCUCAAAUGGUGCUCCAAUUUAUAACUUCUAAUAAUAGCCGACAGGUUUACUAUUGGACCAAUAUUCGCAAAAAUCGCAUUGCAUAUCAUUCAUCUCGUGGGGUUAGAGAGGAAGAUGUGACCAAAAUACUUCAAAAUUCAGUGAUCAUUGAGAAGAACACCACAAAAGCAGAGUCGCAACUUUUAGCACUUCCAGGUCUUAAUAAAUUCCAGCAAAGUCUCAGGUCCGAAAAAGAGAAAGAGGAUUUUAGACGCCAUUUAAAGAAGUACAUCAAUAUUUAUCUCCCAGAUUGCCCAUUCGAGGUCUCGAGCACAAAUCGAUAUACCGUUGUUACACAUGAAGCGGCAAUUGUUGCACGGAGGGAGAUUAGGAAAGGAGAAGUGGUCAAAUAUCUUUGCGGCAUUCAAGUUGUCAUGACACCUGAGGAGGAAGCACAUAUUAAUCAUAGUCGCAGAGAUUUUAGCAUUGUCAUGUCAAGUCGCAACAAAGCCGCAUCACUAUUCUUAGGACCAGCUCGAUUCGCAAAUCACGACUGUGGCGCAAAUGCUCGUUUAAUGACAACUGGAAGUGCCGGAAUGGAAAUUAUCGCAGUAAGGGACAUUGAAAUUGGGGAGGAAAUCACGGUCACAUACGGAGACAGCUAUUUUGGUGAGGAUAAUUGCGAAUGCCUAUGCAAGACUUGUGAAGACAAUCGCGAAAAUGGAUGGACCCAGGCCACUGAUGACAUCAAUGAGACAAUUCCCAAAUUAUCGAUUGAACAUGAACCAACAACCCUCGACACACCCGGUUAUAGCCUUCGACGCAGACGACGAUUCCCUUCUUCAGUAUCAGAAUCACGAUCCGAAUCGAUGACACCUGAUGUCAAUUUACGACCACAGGUACGGAAAUUGCCUCCGAGGUCACGUAGAUCGGCUUCAUCGGCUAAUAAUGGACGUUCCUCUGUUAUGGAUUCACCUUCAUUAGAGUCAACUCUGCCUGGAUCUAAGGUAGACGAAGCUAAUGAUGACAACCUUUUAUCGCCAGAAAAAUCUUUAAAGCGAGUGCCUAGCGAAGAUGACUCUUUAGCGGCCACCCCGAAAAGACAGCGGUCAUCUCAAAGGAUUGAACGUUCGCCUUUAGGGCUUCUACGCGGGGUGGACGAAUGUGAGGUGCCUAGUUCGCCGGAUUCAGAUGUACUCCAACAAAGCCUGUUAGUUGAAUGGGAAGAACCGGUGACACCCGGAGUACCGGAGCCAAUGAUUGAUCGCGGAAGGUCUCGACCAUUACGGUCAAGCACACUUAAGCGAAAGAGAGACUCCGAGGAACCAACAGCAUCACCCUCGGAAACGAUGAAACGACUGAAGAAUCAACUGAUUGUGAAGGUGGAAGAAUUCACCCCUACCUCGUUCUACGGAAGUAUCAGCAAUAUCACGUUGCCAAGUUCUGCUUCGGAAUCUAGAAGAGCUAGUUUUACAUCCUCACCUUCAGGUGAGGGGACAGGAGAAACUGAUGCAACAUCAGUUGACGAAGACGCGAUUGUAGUGCGUGAUGAGAAACCUGCUUCCGUCGGUCCGAAAUCUAAACGGCAAGGCUAUGUUAAGCGAGGAAACCAUGGAGGUCGAAGGAGAGGACCAUUAUGGGAAAGGGAGAAGUUGGAGAAGGCCAAAAAAUUAAAUGAGGUGCCUUCGGUGAUGCAAAAGGCAGCUAGUGCGCCGCGGGAAGCUGUUCUUGUCAGCCCAAAUACCAGCAGACAACAUCCAGCAUUACAGGAUGAUGCAGACUCAUCUGCACUUUCCGACCUUGGCUCCGACAUGGAAAUCGAUGAUUCAACCAUGACAAUCUCGAAGAAACUACCGCAACCUAAAAUUCGACGUCGUCGGAGAGGGGUAGUCCCACCACCAACUACAGACUUGGAUCAUGCGCCAAAUGUACGAAUUCCGGGCGAUUAUGUACUUACACAUUCACUUCUUGCUGAACCAGCUUCAGCAUGGAUUAAUUGCAAAAUUUGCGAAGAACCUUUUGUUCAAAAAGAUGCUUACUUUACGAGAUCAUCUUGUCCAAGAUGUGAGAGACAUAGUAAGUUAUAUGGAUACAUGUGGCCUAAAACCGAUAAAGAGGGGAAACAUGAUGAGGAGGAAAGAGUUCUGGAUCAUAGGACUGUUCAUCGGUUUAUUAAAUCUUCAGAAGAAAAAGACAUAAGGAGGAGGAUUGGACGUGGAAGUACUGGAAGUCGCGAGGUUACAAAAGAGGCCAGUGCGACUCCGGUGGUAUCUGCUAAAGGUGACGGGGAUAAGAAAUCCAAGGGGGGGUUAUUGAAGGUCUAUGGGAGGAGGAGUGAAAGAACGAGGAGGGAUAGAUUCACAUUGUAAAAUAUUUGGAUGAUGUGGGAAGGAUAGAAAGAUAAGGGUUACAUUACGAUGUGAUAGAUGAUGAUGUUUGGGAAUUAGGUAUGAGGUCUUUGCUCUUGUAUUUGAUAUUCGUGGUAGGUUAGGUGUAUGAAUAUAACUACUGCGAAUGGUAGUGGUCUGGUUCGGUUUGCUUUGGUUUUUCUUGGUUUGGUUGGUGUUCGGAAAUAGGGAACAGGGUUUA